AUUUACAUGCAAUUGACAUUUGACGUUUCAAUGUCAAGAAUGUUUGUAAUUUUUUUUUCUUUUAUAAACAAAACAAAUACAGAAUAAUUUCAUCAAUAAGUAAAUAAUUUAUGCAAUAAUUGAGUUUUCUUUUAGCAGAUUAAGUAUUUUUAUAAUAUUCAAGUUACUCAGAAAUAUGUUUACAAAUUAAAGCGGUUACAAGGGAAACCAUGGAUGCAACUCCAAGUUGUGUUUCCUUCUCCUUCCAGUUUCAACUUUUUUAUUACAAAACCAACCAACUCUAUUGACUCAUAGAAAGAACAGAUUCAGAUACGAAAGAGAACAAUUUCUACGCUUUAUUCCGUUGUAAACCAUGAUUUAAUACAGAAACAACUUGUUACACUUUCCAAUGAAAGUUUGUAAUACAACUGUCAAGCGACACAUGUGCUUCACAUAUAGUGGGAUAAAUUAUUUAAUUUAAUUAUUUAUAUAUAACAUUUAAUUUAUAUUCACUAUUCAAAAUGAUUGUCGACAGAGGUUUUAUAAAUGUACUAAUUUUAAGUACAGGAUUUAUGUUGGUAUUUUCGGCUUUUCAAACGAUGGGUACAAUAGAGCCCUCGGUUUUGGAAAGUAUUCACAAGGAAGAUCCAACGUUCACAGGAAAAGGAUAUACGAGUUUAGCGAUAAUUUAUGCAGUAUUUGCAUCCUGUAAUUGGUUAGCGCCAUCGUUUAUAUCAUUAACUGGACCAAGAACAACAAUUAUUACCGGUGCAUUUUGCUAUAUAUUUUUUAUAGCAACAUUCCUUUGGCCAUCAACAAAUCUUCUCUAUAUUGCAUCGGCACUUGUUGGUAUUGGUGCAGCAUUAAUAUGGACCGGUCAUGGUCAAUAUCUCACGGAAAAUAGCGAUGUUGAAACAAUGACACGUAAUGCUGGAUUAUUUUGGGCAAUUUUUCAACUCUCUUUAUUUGGCGGUAAUCUUUGUGCAUUUUUUGCCUUCACCGAAGUGGAAAUACAAGAAUCAAAAAGAAGAAUUGUCUUUCAAGUAUUGACAAGUCUUGCCGUGAUUGGUGGUGGUGUUUUAUUAUUAAUGAAAAGUCCACCGCAAAAUUUUGUUCUUGGCGAAGCUGAAGGUGUAUCAAGUGCCGAUAAAGAAUUACGAAUUCCAGAGAAACCAAAAGAAAAACCAUUAAUGGCUGCAUGGCAUGCAAUUAGAGAUGCAUUUGUAUUAUUUAUAACACCGCAAAUUUUAUUAUUGUCAUUGACAUUUAUUUAUACGGGACUUGAACUUACAUUUUUCUCAUCGGUUUAUUCGUCGAGUAUUGGAUUCACUGAGGGAAUGGGCGAAUCAAGAAAAAGAUAUAUUCCAUUAUCAGGUAUUUGCAUUGGAAUUGGAGAAGUUCUUGGUGGUGCAAUUUUUGGAAUUCUUGGGACAAAACGAACGAAAUCAUUGUCCGGUUGGCCAGUUGUUGGAGCGGGAUUUAUUAUGCAUUUAUUUGUUUUUCUUAUCACUUUACUAAAUUUGCCGAAUAAUGCUCCCUUUGAGGAUACAAAUGAUGUUGGAUUUAUAAAUCCCUCGCCAGCGCUUGCUCUGGUUGGAAGUUUUGUUCUUGGCUUUGGUGAUGCAUGUUUCAAUACUCAAAUUUAUUCACUUCUCGGUGUUCUCUAUUCAAAGGAAAGUGCUCCGGCAUUUGCACUUUUUAAAUUUUGUCAAUCAGUAGCAGCAGCCAUUAGCUUUUUCUACAGUACAUACAUUGGUUUACAUUUACAAUUAGUGAUUUUAUUCUUGACAGUGAUAUUGGGAACUGGAGCUUUUUGCAUUGUUGAUUUAAGGAAUAAAAGAGCCCAAAACGCUAUGCAAUCUGUGAUAGACACAACACAAUCGGAAGAAUCGUGUGUCAGUGAUUAAUAUAUUAUAUAUACUUUUCAUAAGAAAGUAAACAAAAUUUUAAAAACUAAAGCAAUAAUUCAAAAUAGUUUUCAAAUUAUUGAAAACAAAUAUGAUACUCGAUAUAUUGCUGUUAAUUAUCUCGAGAUUACAAGCAAGUUUUGUAUAUAAAAAGCAAUAUUUUUAAAGAAACGUUUUUUUUUUUAUAUAAAUAAGUAAAUGGAAUAUAAUUUCCAUUUAAAAUUUAAUUAUUUGAGUUUAAAGAUAAUUAUAUUAUUAUGCAUUUAAAUUUAAUAUAAUGUCCAUCAUCGUAAAUAUUCGAAUCAAAAUAAUUUCAUUUUUUUUUUUUAAUUUUUUUAACUCGUGAAAUACAUUCCUUAGGUUCUUUUCAUGAAUUAAAAAAAAAUAUAACGUAAAGUAAAAGUAGUUAACACUAGGAAUGAUAUUUCUGCAUUUUCAUGUAUAUAUUUUCUUUGACUGCUCAUUGUAAAAACAAAAAUUUUUACUUCGUAGUUAGUAAAUGUAACUUUGUAAUUUAAAAUGUAAUUAAUGAGUAGAUGCACAAUUUUUAAAGUUAAAAAAACUUUAUUGCAUUUAUCAAGUUUUAUUUAAUAAUGUCACUGAUGCACGAAAUUUUCCAUUUUAGUUGUAUUCAACUUGCAAUAUUUUUAACUAAUUAAUUAGCAAUUGAAUCGUCACUAAUUAGUAAUUGAAUCUUUACUAAUUAAUUAGUUAUUUAAAAGAUGCCAAAAGUAUAACAAAAAAAAAAAUAAAACUUCCAAUAUAAAUAAAGAAGUAAACAGCAAUGCGAAAUUGUAUAUAUAUAUAUAAAUGAAGAAUUAUUUUGAUUGUAUUUUUAAAAAAAUAACGCAAAAAUUGUAAAAUUUUAAUGAUAUUACAAUAAUUGUA